AUGUCGGAUCACGCCGCUAUUGAAAUAUCUGAGGACGAUGAAAGUUUCGAAGCUCCAGAAGUGAAGGUGCUCGAACCGGUGUCCUGUGAAAUAUCUUCUGAUGAAGAUGCGUUACCAGAAGUCAACAUACGAACACGACAGGAUGCCAUCAGAAAGCUCUUUCCUACCAUAAACUCAACUAUAUCUUCAAAGCCAGAACCAAAACCUACCACGACCACAUCUAACACAGACCCUGUUAAAGGAAAGUAUGCUACUAUACCAACAGAAAGUGGUGUAGAAAGGAUGAUUGUUGGUGUUAAAGUCAAUCUACCUGUGAACCCAUAUCCUAGUCAAAUGGCUUUGAUGUCUACGGUCAUAAAAGCCAUAAAUAAAAGUCAAAACUGCUUGCUGGAGAGUCCUACAGGAUCUGGAAAAACUUUAGCACUGCUGUGUGCUGCAUUGGCUGUGCAACGACAUGAGAAAAAUCGGCAAAGCGAGAAGCAAGCCCAGGACUACUUUUCCGAUUUUCCAGUGCUUGGUAAAUUCGAAGGUGUCACGGAGUUCAUUGCGAGUCCGAAGAAAAGUGAAAUUGACAACGCGGAAAAUUUUUUCUCGAAAUUCGCCUAUGGUGAGUAG